UACUUUUGACAAAUAAUGUUUUCUCUUUCUUUACAGAUAUUUUCCAAUUUAUCCCUGAAUGAGCGCUGCCUUUCAGCAUCAUUAGUUUGUAAAUAUUGGCGUGACCUCUGUUUAGAUUUUCAGUUUUGGAAGCAGCUGGAUCUGAGUAGUCGCCAACAGGUCACUGAUGAAUUGUUGGAAAAGAUAGCAUCAAGAAGCCAGAAUAUUACUGAAAUCAAUAUUUCUGACUGCCGCAAUGUAUCUGAUACAGGAGUUUGCAUAUUAGCAUGUAAAUGUCCUGGACUGCUAAGGUACACUGCUUACAGGUGUAAGCAGCUUUCUGACACCUCUAUCAUGGCAGUUGCCUCUCAGUGUCCUCUUCUUCAGAAAGUACAUGUAGGCAAUCAAGACAGACUCACUGAUGAAGGUUUAAAGCAGCUGGGUUCAAAAUGCAAAGAAUUGAAAGACAUUCAUUUUGGUCAGUGUUACAAGAUCUCAGAUGAAGGAAUGAUUAUUAUAGCUAAAGGCUGCCUGAAGUUGCAAAGAAUAUACAUGCAAGAAAACAAAUUAGUAACAUUACAAAAUGUCUGUAUUUUUGAAGAAACAUGCCCCAAGCUUGUGUAUGUAGGUUUUGUGCAAUGUUCCACAACAUCUAAAAUAUCAGUGUAUAAGACUAACCUAAGAAAUCUUUCUAGCCUGGAUCUGCGUCAUAUCACAGAACUGGAUAAUGAAACAGUGAUGGAAAUAGUAAAGAGAUGCAAAAACCUUAAUUCGCUCAAUCUGUGUCUGAACUGGAUCAUUAAUGACAGGUGUGUGGAGGUGAUUGCCAAAGAAGGCCGGAACCUGAAAGAACUGUAUUUGGUAUCGUGUAAGAUCACUGACUAUGAUUUUGCACUUUACUGGAGUUUGCAUGGGUGCUCAAGGGUAUACUGCUCUGCAGAGUUCAGGAUUUAAACGUGAGGGAGAGUGGGCCAGAACCACCAUUUUCUCUAUCUAUAGUUGUUUAUACUUCCAUGAGCAGAAUAGAUCCUGUCAAAAUUGAAAAUGUAGAUUUUCUUGACUUUCUAUUACUUGGCCAUGGUGAAUUUGUGAAUCUGUGAAUGGCAAUAAUCUGCUGGAAUUUCAUGAAAGAGGAUUCUCUCCACAGAACUCAAAGGGACAGUGCAGAUGUUUCUUUUCACUGCUAUAACAUCAGAGGUAUAUAUUUUUAAGUGAAACUGUCUCUUUGUGUACUAUAGAUCUACUAGCUCUGCUUCCUGUCCCUACUAACUUUGGCACCCAUGUGAAAGUUAUUCUAAUGGAAAGAAUAGGAUACACAACUUGAGACUUGUGGCAAGUAGAUGAAAUCAGCUAAAAAGUAAACGCCUGACUUCUUGUGGGAUCAUUUAGUUGGGUCUCUACUUGUCUUACAAAGACUUGAAGCUUCACAGGCAUAGUUGUUCAGGCUUCCACUAGGAGGUGGGUAAGUUGUGUCCAGAGAUCUGUGAGACCAUGACUUGAGUGGGAGCGUAGAGCUGUAUGUGACUUUGUUCUGUUAUUUGAUGUUCCUAAUACUCCUGAGUCUAUGAAUGCAUUUCUUUUGUUUGUGAAGUUACCUUAAACAUCAUGUUUUUGUUUUUGCUUUGGAAAUUAGAGUCUUGACACCAACUUUUAAUUGUUACAGUAGAUAUUUUCUCUGGGUUUUUACAACGUACCUAGGGCUGGUGAGCUGGUUCCUUGCAGCUUGAUGAAAUACAGAUGUGGGGUUUCAAAAGCUCUCUUUGAAACUGUUCAGCUUGUAAUUUAAAAGUGGUUACCCGGCUACUGCAGGUACUGUCUUAUGGUUGCUUAGCAGUUCAACUGGAGAAAAUAAAUACUGAUAUUUCUAAUUUCCAGUACAACUUA